AAAGAAAGGCUGGGAUGGUCCUGUGAUGCUACUUUUUAUACUUUUGUAAGUGAACUACACAUAACUUCUGUAGAGCUUUAUUCGAAAUAACGAUGUCAGCCUGCUUUCUCUGGAAGUUCUUGAUGGGAAAACUUUUGAAAAACCUCUUCAAAUGUGACCAAAUGCCCAGUUGAAGAAGACGCCGUAUUCAGAACAAGACAGGUGUAUUUAGAAGCGAGCGCUUCUUGAGCCAAUCAAAAACUUACGCUGAGCGUGGGAGGGCGGGUUCUUGUCUAAUUAUACAGACUUUGGACCAAUCAGAUCAGCGGAGGGCGGUGCGGAGUUUGGUGGGGGCGUGCCUUAGGCUUUGUGCCGUCGCAGCGCUGAAGAGCGUCUGAAUAGAGUAGCCUAAUUGCAUGAGCCUUGAGUCGAGAUCCUGUCAAAGCACUAUACAGCGAAAUUCUCGCACCUGAACUUUUACACUCUUUCCUGAGGACUAUUUUACCAUUUAAACGGGACGUCUUAUCACGUUAUUUACUCUGACACGCAAUAGCAGCACUUGAGAAGUGACUCCACCGCAGUUGCGUUCCUGUCUUAAGACAUUUAAAAUAAAAGGAUAUGGUGUUGGACAUGUGAAACACACGGGCAACUUCAAACAUGAAGCUGGCAUUUUCUCUGUGUUGCCUCGGGGUUCUCCUCACUUCUGUCGCGGUCCGUCUCAUCGACUCGCAGCAAGUAUGCCCUGGCACAGAGAAUAAACUAAGUACUCUGUCAGACCUGGACCAGCAGUAUCGAACCCUUCGUAAAUACUAUGAGAACUGUGAGGUGGUGAUGGGUAACCUGGAGAUCACCAGCAUCGAUCGCAGUCGUGACCUGUCCUUUCUUAGGUCCAUUCGUGAGGUGACCGGCUAUGUACUUGUGGCACUGAAUCAGUUUGAGUAUCUGCCCCUGGAGAAUCUGCGCAUCAUUCGCGGCACCAGACUGUAUGAAGACCGCUACGCCCUGGCCAUCUUCCUCAACUACCGCAGAGAUGGCAACUUCGGACUCCGUCAGCUUGGCCUUAAGAACCUCACAGAAAUUCUGAAUGGAGGGGUGUAUGUGGACCAGAACAAGUUCCUGUGUCAUGCCGACACCAUCCACUGGCAGGAUAUAGUGAAGACCGUUCGUCCUGAUCACCUGGUUGUGCCGUCCAAUAGCAGCAGCUCAUGUCAGAGGUGUCAUAGAGGAUGUAAUGGACGCUGUUGGGGGCCAAAGGAGGACCAGUGUCAGAGCUUGACGAAGACGGUGUGUGCCGAGCAGUGUGAUGGGCGAUGUUUUGGGCCGUACGUCAGUGACUGCUGUCAUCGCGAGUGUGCUGGAGGCUGUUCUGGACCGAAGGACACCGACUGUUUCGCCUGCACUAAUUUCAACGACAGCGGUGCAUGUGUGACGCAAUGCCCUCAGCCCUUUGUCUACAACCCCACUACUUUCCAGCUGGAGCACAACCCGCGGGCCAAAUACACAUAUGGAGCGUUCUGCGUCAAAAAGUGCCCACAUAACUUUGUGGUGGACCACAGCUCCUGUGUCAAAGCCUGUCCCAGCAACAAGAUGGAGGUGGAGGAGAACAGAAUCAAGAUGUGCAUCCCCUGCACUGAUAUCUGCCCAAAAGCAUGCGAUGGGAUCGGCACUGCUAGCCUUCAAACGGCUCAAACCAUUGACUCCAGCAACAUCGACAGAUUCAUCAACUGCACCAAGAUCAACGGAAACCUGGUGUUCCUCAUCACAGGCAUUAAAGGGGACGUAUACCACAACAUAGAGCCCCUGGAUCCAGAAAAACUCAACGUGUUCCGCACCGUUCGAGAGAUCACCGGCUUUUUAAACAUUCAAUCCUGGCCAGAAAACAUGACUGAUCUGAGUGUCUUCUCCAAUCUGGCAACCAUCGGAGGCAGGUCUCUCUACAGUGGCAUCUCUCUUUUGGUGCUAAAGCAGCAGUGGAUUUCCUCACUCAAGCUGCAGUCUCUCAGUGAGAUCAGUGCUGGAAACGUGUACGUCACCAACAACAGUCAACUCUGCUACUACAAUACGGUCAACUGGACACGACUCUUCCGCACCAACACCCAGAAGGCCCUGAUCCGCAACAACCGCGACCCCAAGGAAUGCAUUUUGGAUCAUAUGGUAUGUGACCCGCUGUGCUCUGAUGCUGGAUGCUGGGGUCCUGGGCCAGACCAGUGCCUGUCCUGUCGGUUCUUUAGCAGGGGACGUACCUGUGUCGAAUCCUGCAACCUGCAUGAAGGACUGGCCGGCUCUAAGCCCAAGCUGCUCACCAGGCCAUUUGUGGUCGAGAAGCGGGAGGCGGGUUUGGAGAGGGAUGUACGGGAGUUCGCAAAUGGUUCGGUGUGUCUGGAGUGCGAUGCGCAGUGUGAGGUGGCAGAUGAUGACAGUCUUACCUGCACUGGGCCUGGUCCUGAUCACUGUGUUAAAUGUCUUCACUUUAAAGACGGACCCAACUGUGUGGAGAAAUGCCCUGAUGGCCUACAGGGAGCAAACAGCUUCAUCUUCAAAUAUGCUGAGGCCAACAAUGAGUGUCACCCCUGCCAUGUCAACUGUACCCAGGGGUGCACAGGACCUCGUCUGCAAGACUGCAUUGGCAUGAUGGACAGGACUCCCCUCAUUGCGGCCGGGAUUAUUGGAGGAUUGUUUGUGGUGAUCAUCGUGGGCCUGAGUGUUGCCAUAUCAGUGAGGAGGAAGAGCAUCAAGAAGAAGAGAGCCUUGAGACGCUUCUUGGAGACUGAGUUGGUGGAGCCUCUGACGCCCAGCGGUGCGGCCCCAAAUCAAGCCCAGUUGCGCAUUCUAAAAGAGACCGAGCUGAAAAGGGUGAAGAUCCUGGGAGCUGGGGCCUUUGGCACCGUUUACAAGGGCAUCUGGGUACCUGAGGGCGAGACUGUGAAGAUUCCUGUGGCCAUAAAGAUCUUGAACGAGGCGACAGGCCCAAAAGCCAAUGUAGAGUUCAUGGAUGAGGCUCUGAUCAUGGCCAGCAUGGAGCAUCCUCACCUGGUGCGGUUAUUGGGUGUGUGUCUGAGCCCCACCAUUCAGCUGGUCACUCAGCUCAUGCCCCACGGAUGUCUGCUGGACUAUGUACAUGAGCAUAAAGACAAUAUCGGCUCCCAAUUACUGCUCAACUGGUGUGUUCAGAUCGCCAAGGGUAUGAUGUACUUGGAGGACAGGAGACUUGUGCACAGGGAUCUGGCUGCUCGGAACGUCCUAGUGAAGUCACCCAACCACAUAAAGAUCACUGACUUCGGUCUGGCUCGCCUUCUGGAUGCAGAUGAGAAGGAAUACAAUGCAGACGGGGGCAAGAUGCCUAUAAAGUGGAUGGCUUUGGAGUGCAUUCACUAUAGGAAAUUCACCCAUCAGAGUGACGUAUGGAGUUAUGGUGUGACUAUCUGGGAGCUGAUGACAUUCGGAGGAAAGCCGUACGAUGGAAUCCCGACCCGAGACAUCCCUGACCUGCUGGAGAAAGGAGAGAGGCUUCCUCAACCUCCCAUCUGCACUAUUGACGUCUACAUGGUCAUGGUCAAAUGCUGGAUGAUAGAUGCAGACAGCAGACCCAGAUUUAAGGAGCUUGCAGCAGAGUUCAGCCGAAUGGCAAGAGAUCCACAACGUUACCUAGUCAUCCAGGGGGAUGACCGCAUGAAGCUGCCCAGCCCCAAUGACAGUAAGUUCUUCCAGAGUCUGCUAGAUGAGGAGGAACUGGAGGAUCUGAUGGAUGCCGAGGAGUAUUUGGUGCCACAAGCCCUCAGUAUUCCCCCACUGGCAUACACAACCAGAUCACGCAUGGAUCCCAACAGAAACCAGUUUGCGUACCAGGACGGCAGCUUCGGCAUGGAGGAGAUGAUGGCCACUAUCCCGCGGGUCGUUGCUGUGUCUGCGGUCAGCCCAGGCUGUCCUGCUCAGAAGCAAUCUAUGACCCAGCAGGGGGCCUCGGGAUCCUCGGAGGCAUUUGAAGACAGCCGCUGUAAUGGCACUCUUAGGAAGAAGGUUUCACCCAGGGCAAGCACCGGGGAGGACAGCAGUGGCCAGCGCUACAGUGCAGAUCCAACUGUGAUACUGUGUGAGCGCGGAGCAAGAGCCGAGACUGACCAGGAUGGAUACAUGAGCGCCAUGCAGGACAAAAAGCCCUCAGAUUAUCUACACCCUGUGGAGGAGAACCCUUUUGUUACCCAUCGCAGAAAUGGAGAGGUCCGCACUCUCGAGCGAGGUUACCACAGUACCUCCAACGGACAGUCCAAAGUAGAGGAUGAGUAUGUCAAUGACCCGUUGUACCUCAACACCUUUCAUAACUCUGGGGAAAAGAGUCACGAUGUAUUGAGGAAGAACGGAGUGCCUGUUCCACACUCCGCAGCAGUAGUAGUAGCAGCAAAUAGUGGAAUUUCCACCAGCCAGAACCUUCCCCAAACAAUGCAACCAGCGGCAUCAAAUGCCCACAUCACAACACAGCCUCUCUACCAAGGCAAACAAAGCAUCUCCACCCUCUCAGGCCACACCCUCCACUCUGCCCAUCCCGGACACAGCCUCCACCCAACGCACACCCUCCAUCCCGCUCACUCUGGGACCAUCAAGCCCGACAUAAAGCCCAAAAAGACAUUUGACAAUCCUGAGUACUGGCAGCACAGUCUCCCCCCCAAGGGCACUCUCCACAACCCUGAGUAUCUGCAGGACUGCAGCACACGCUUCUUCUACCGGCAAAACGGACGGAUCCGACCCGCUGUGGCUGAGAACCAGGAGUACCUUUCCGAGUAUGCGCUAAAACCGGGAACAGUGUUGCCACCUCCUCCCUACCGCCAGAGAAACACUGUUGUGUAGCAACAAUGGCCAAGACAAACAAGGAAAGUUGGAGGUAAAGAGAGAGUCAUAGUGUUUUCUCACCCUGGCUCCUACACCAGCAUCCUGAUCUCUCUGCUCCUCUCUGAACUGGAUUUAACACCCAACCUCCAAUGACCUGGAACUGAUCCACUUGAGUGAGCUUCUCCUCCAGAGGCAUUGGUCACUGAUGGCCACAUCAAUUAAAGCUCCUUCCUACUUGUCUCUCCUCACUUCAAGUCACCAUUAAGACCUGUCUCCCCUACCUGAGGCCAACUUUUGGAAAAUGAUACUCUUCCCAACAUUUGGUACAUGUUACACUCAUCUCACUGAAAGCAAGUGCUGACAUUGACAUGGAACGUGGGUUGGUCCAAUAGCAGGGAGGAGUCAUUCUUUUGUGCAAUUACAGAAAUAUUUCUACCAUUUAUCUUAUUUUGAUUUGUACAUUCAAUAGGAUCUGCUGAAAUUUAUUACUUAGGUUAGCAUAGUUUAUUUUAGCACUCCAUACAUGAUUUUAUGAGGCAGAUGUGUUGUAAGCAAAUCCUUCGUAUUGGGAAUAUCGUUGUGGGCCUUGGGACAAAAGGGCCCAAAAUGGUCCUCCGUGUUGCCUACUGAUUGAGACUCCAAAAAAGUAAGCGACAGGCAUGGCUGUAUGCUAAAUGCUGUUAUAUACAACAAAACAUAUGUUCAUUACAGCAUGGUGUCAGCUGGGACCUUUGAUCACCACCUUCUCGAAAGGCGCAUCUUCAAAACGACACAUUGUGUAAUGUUCUGUUAAAGCUAUCUGCAUAAUUCAUCGGCACAUGUAUUGCUCAAACAAGGCACUUUUUAUUAUUUCUAUUGAGCCAUUCUUCAUUUUUGAUUCUUAAGUAAGCCUGGAAUGAUUGCCAACUGGAAACACUCCUGCGGUCCAUAUUAUACAUCUAUAAAACUACAUGUGUAAAGGCAACUUAAUGAAAGACAAGUGCUCCAUGCUGAGAACAGUGUCAGCACGCAUGUGAAGGAGUCCGUACUGCAGCCCGCCACAAAAUCAAUAACUUCAUAAAAGCAGAUCUGCAACAGUCUACUGUAAUAAAAGUUUUUAUUGUUGAUCUAGCCAGCAUUGAUCUGUAUGCUCACAGAGUUGUCACCUUAAGGUAGCCUCUUCCUUAUUUUGUCAUUUGAUGUGUGGAACGAAAACCCAGAUUGGGUCUACCUUGAACUUUAGAAGCUAAAAUCAACACUAGCGACCAAGAGGAUCCACAUCGAUGGACAUACUGUGGUGAACGGAUAUUUACAGUUACAAAGGCCCAUGUUUGUACAGAAGACUCAACAGCACACAACGCCUAGAUGCUCUUCUGAAAUAUGGCCGGAAAACUGUUACAACUAUAGAAAUUUCACCCACAUGCAAGUCGAUGAGAUGCACAAGACUUGCGAUCAAGAUGGCAGCUUUUUCUAGCUGGGUUCAUUAAAACUGCAGUGAGGGAUGUUUUGAAAUCACAGCAGGAGUACCAUCAUCCAGUACCAUGAGGAACAAAUAAGAACGUACGAAUGGAAUAUUUGCCCUGAGGUCAGAGUUGAGACUGCCUCAAAUCUGCCUCAAACUCCAUUUGAACUGUCUCCCAUAAUGACUUUUCUAUAAGAAGCGUCUCAUGGAGCUACACAGAUAGAAUUUAGGAUGAUAACUUAGCUUACUUGGGCAUGUUGUUCUCCUUAAAUGUUGGAAAACAACUUUGCUAAAUCUUCGGUAAAACCGCACCAUCCAGGUUUCUCUGGCUAGAUUUGUGUAUAGUUUUGAACACUGCCAGUCACUAUGCUUUUCUGUUAAUGGGAAUAAUAAUGUUGUGUUGCUGGUUUGGAGAUGUGAAAUGGUUUUAUAGCACUUAACAGCCUGGCACAGCCACAUGAGUUUGUUUUAAACACCAAUGGCACUGACUGAAUACUCAUUUAUUAUAAUCAUUGCUACAUGAUGAUAGCACACAUCACCCGCCCACAUACGUUUGUUUUGCUCUAUCACUUUUUUCUUUAUAUGUAUUUUUUUUGUGUGUGCUUAUAAAUAUGAAGGUUUACGGUUACAUGGAGCACUUUAAUUAAUGAACAUAGCAAAGAAAGAGCGGAAUUCUUUUCAUUGUGGGAAUUGCUGUUUCCAUGUGAUAACAGAUUAGACAAAUGACAUUUUUGGCUCGCUACUGGAAACAAAAUCAGGGAAUGUUAGUGAAGCGCAGUAAUUUUGCCAAACACAGAUGUUUACUAAUUGAAGUAUUUAUCACAAGCUUUUAUCCUUAGAAAUAAUGUGAUUAGGGCAGAAUUUAAGGUGGGUCGCAAUAAUGCUAAGAUUACCUAUAUAACAAUAAUAGAUGCCAUUACAGGACGAAACUGAUACUUGAAAUUGCUUUAUUUUAGCUCCUAUAGAGUGUUUAAAAUAGAUUAAAAGUUAUGAAGUACAGUGUGUAGAACUAAGGCCAAAUGUAACCCUGGACCACAAAACCAGUCUAAAGUUGCACAACUAUAUUUGUAGCAAUAGCCAAAAAUACACUGAA